AUGACCAACGCAAUGAUAUUGAAACGACCAGCUCCUUUGCUCUUCCAAGAAAUUGAGAAACCAACGAGUGUGAAGAGCCAAGAACAGGAAUGGCCCAACAUGCCGGUACGAAAGCGUCAAAGGGUUGAUUCUACGUUCACAGCCAAUAGCUCCAAAACUGUGACGCAGCACGAUUGGCUUGAGCUCGACUCGAUUCUGAAUGGCAAUGAGAUUGAUACGAUUCGGUCAGAAGAAAAUGUCAGUCCACUAUCAUUGACACCUGAAAUUUCCCAAGAGAUGCACCUACCAGAACCCGAGUGGAUACCGACCACCAACAGCCGCGAUGACCAACGAGACGAGGAGAUGCCUCCCGUUCUGACGCUAUCCACCAUACCAGAAGAAGCCGACUGCAUACCGAGCACCGCCAACCUUGUACCUGAUUAUCACAAUGUUGUGGAGGCUCAAGAGGACGAAAUUCCGACUGUCAGCACCACACCAACAGCUUGCGGCCCCAAACAAACCGGUGACAAAUCAGAACUUUUGACUUUGAUCUCAUUUCCAUUUCGUGUGCUGGCGGCCGACGAAAGCUUUUACCGGUCAUCGGGGCUAUCAUCAGCCCGUGUUAUUGGCCAGCCACUGCUCAGUGUAGUCAAAACUGGAAACAAGCACAUCGAAGCCAACCCACAACGCAUUGUGAACACACCAUUGGAUUUCUUUGAUGAGAAUAGUGAAAAUCAUACUGUGAUUCUGCCCAAUGGCCAGGAGCCAAAGAUGAAAGUAGAACAAGUCGUGUCGAAAGCCCCAGGACUCAACACUCCAUUUGCCCACUACAAGGUGGUAUUAGAGUAG